AUGUUUGGAUUCGGCGAGGCCCGCGAACAGUACCAGCAGGUCUACGAUGGCGAACCAAACAAGGCCGAGUUCUCUCACGAGCUCGUUGCUGGUGGUGCUAGCUUUGCGGCCAUGAAGUAUUUCGAGGACCGUCAGCGCAAGGAGGGCAAGCCAGUCUCUCACCAGUUCGCCAAGGAGCUCAUCGCCGGCUUCGCUGGCGCUGAGGUCGACAAACUCGCCGAGACCAAGGGCGAGGAUUGGUUUGAUCGUGAGAAGGCCAAGCACGAGGCCAAGAAGCGAUCUGAGCAGCUCUACGACCAGCACUAUGGUCAGGACGACCAGUACGACCCAAACAACCGUGACCCGCCACAGCACCUCCGUGAGCACUUCAACGACCGCGAUGGGUGGUAA